GUUUUCUUUCUCCAACCUCCUCUAAACCCUUCCAUUUUCAUUUCUGUUCCACUUUUACGCAGAUGGAGUGAGUAAUCCACCGCAUCGCAUCCAUUUCUGAUUCGAUCAACGAACUAACAAUGAGACAUCUUCUCCAAAAGAAUCUAUUAUUUUUCACUUCAUCUUCUUCAUCAUUUCAACCUCGUUCUCUUCUUCUUCUUCGCUUUCAUCUCUGCGAAUUCUCAUCUUCUCCGGCUCCGUCGUAUUCUCACUGGAAGCGUCUCGAUGACGAGUCACGAAACGUUAGGGUUUCUGUGUGGUGGGAUUUCGAGAACUGCAGCGUGCCGGUCGGCCUUAACGUUUCCAGAGUAGCCCCGUCAAUCACUGACGCCGUUAGAGCGAACGGGAUUAAAGGUCCUGUUCAUAUUACUGCUUUCGGUGAUGUGAUGCAGCUUUCUAAAUCUAAUCAAGAAUCACUUGCUUUCACUGGCAUUCAUCUCACUCACAUUCCCAAUGGUGGAAAGAAUAGUGCUGAUAGAUCUCUUCUUAUUGAUCUUAUGUACUGGGUUUCCCAAAAUCCUCCACCUGCACAUCUCUUUCUGAUAUCCGGUGAUGGGGACUUUGCUGGCAUAUUGCACCGAUUAAGGAUGAAUAACUACAAUAUCUUGCUUGCUAUUCCUGGAAAGGCUCCUGAUGUUCUCCGCAGCGCAGCAACUAUAAUGUGGCAGUGGACUUCAUUGCUCAAAGGAGAAAAUCUAACUGGAAAACAUUUCAACCACCCUCCCGAUGGUCAGUUUGGUUCUUGGUAUGGAAAUUCUAAAGUGCCACUUGAAAACCCCUUUUCAGCUACUGGGCAGUCAACAUCUUCACAAAAUGUACAAAUCGUGGAAAUCAAUGAACCUUCCUCAGACUUAAAGUUGGCUGAAGGAGUUCCAAAGUCAGUUAUACGGCAGGUUAAAGAUAUAUUGAGUUCACAUCCAAAUGGUAUCUCCGCUAUAGAUCUUCGUGCAGAGCUGGCCAAACGUGGUGUUAUUUUGGGUAGAAGCAUGUUUGGAUAUAGAAGACUUUCCCGCUUUCUAUCAUCAAUACCAGAUGUACAUCUUCAGAAUUUAGGAGACGGUAAUUUUUGUGUGUGUUUGAUCCCCUCAGAGUCCCCUGAACCCUCUGAGAAAAGCAUUGUACCAUCGACGACAUAUGCUGUUAAGAAUGAGGAGAAGGACUAUACAACAACUCCAAAGCUACACGGUGAAGAUAAAGAGUUGGAUGGAGACAAACAUAGGACUCCCUCAAUGUCUUCAUCACAUGAAAGGAUCGUUGAGGAUGAUUCAAAAUCAUUCCAAUCUUUCCCUUCACAAGAAAAACCUAUCGGAGAAGAUGUGUCGCAUAAAUCAUGGGGCUAUACAACAAUUCCAAAGCUACACAGUGAAGAUAAAGACACGGGCAAAGACGGACCUCCCUCAAUGUCUUCAUUGCAUGAAAAGACCAUUAAGGAUGAUUCAAAAUCAUUCCUAUCUACACCUUCACAAGGAAAACCUAUUGAGGAAGAUGUGCCAUGUAAAUCAUCUGGAAGAAGUGAGAAGGUUGAGGAUGUGUCUAAUGUACAAUUGUCGGAGAGUCAACUUUCACCAAAGGACAAUGAUGGUUCCAAAACUGAGACUGGUUCCUUUAAAGUGAGAUCUAAAAAGUUUUCGGAAGAUAAAAUUGUUAGGUCUGAGGAUGCAAAUCCAGACGUUCUUGAAAAAUAUACCGCUUCAAGGGAUCCCUCUGCAGGUAUUGAUAACACAAUGGUGGAAAGCAAUGAUAGAGCAAAUUGUGAAUUUGGAAAAUCUAUAGCGAGGAACAAACAUGUGAAUCAACCUAGAAAGAAGGUUGAUGAUCACAGCCCAUAUUCUUCAGCAGCUGAGGACUCUCUGGUUGACAAAAGACCCGAUGGUCGUGCUGAAACUUACAGUGAAAGAUCAACUUUGUUUAGCUGGAUUAAAAGCUGGUGGCCAUUUUCGAAAAGCAACGUGAAGGCUGAUAAUUUGACUGCUCAUCAGAACAAGGUGGACAGUAAUUUUGAGGAUCCUAGGUUAACUGAAUUGGACCAGACUACUGGUAAUGUUGAAGAGCGCAAGCCAUUAGAAUCACAUCAAGAUGUCAGUCAUUCUGGAAAGCCUGAAGAUUCCAAGUUAUCUGAACUGGACCAGACUGCUAGUGAUCUUGAAGAGGCCAAGCCAUUGGAACCACAUCAUCAGGAUAUCAGUCGUUCUGGAAAACCCAAGGAUUCCAAGUUUUCUGAACUAGACCAGACUGCUAGUAAUCUUGAAGAGGCCAAGCCUUUAGAACCACACCAGGAUGCUGGUCAUUCUGGAAAGCCUGAGUUAUUUUCUCUGGAUUCCUUUUGGAAUGACAUGGAAUCUUUUGUUUUCACCCCCAAAGGAUCACUUCUUAUUUCCCAGUCUAAAAGCAGGGAGGAUUUGGCUCAUAAAUUACAAAAGCAUGGACCCAUGGUUCUAAAAUCUCUUUCUGAAAAUUAUAUCUUUCAAUUGGUGGAAUUGUUAGUAGCAGAAAAAAGAUGGUUGGAGGAAAGCACCUCACAAGCAUUUCCUUUUCGGCUAACUCAUUCAGUUCAGAAGAGUGCACUGUCUGGCCACACUAAUGGUGCAAAUGGUUUGAGAUCUCUCUUUCUAAGUAAAACAUCGCAGCCCAACUUGCAAAAGUCAUUUGAACAUGACGGGGAGAAACCCACUCAGAGUAUUCAGCGAACGGGAGUUUCCAGACCUGCCACUGAAAUAAAAUAUACUGAGAAGUCUAGAAGUGAUAUAUUACAAGAUUGUCAGAGACUGGUAACUGAUAUAUUGAAGGAAAACCCAGAGGGUUAUAAUUUAGCUUCUUUUCGAAAGCAAUUUGCUUAUAGAUAUGGCUAUACCCUUGAUGUCAAGAAGCUUGGUUAUCAGAAGAUAUCAUACUUGAUACAGAUAAUGCAUGGGGUUAAAUUAGAAUCCUAUUGUUCCAAAAAAAGUAAAAAUUCAGAAUCCACUUAUAUGUAUCCUGCUCCUGCUGUUUGUGCUUCUGACUCAGAAACAUCUAUCUUCAAAACUCAUGCAGCCAAUGCUAAUCAUGAAUUCAACUCAGAUGAUGAAUUAUCUGAUACAGCCACAAAAGAGGAUAACAUGGAAUCACCUUGGGAGGAAUUAGGUCCUGUUUCUGCUAAAAAACCAAGUCAGAAUGAUCUGGAAUCAAAUUCAACUCUGAAAGCCAUUGAAAUGGAUACACCAAAGCAUCCUGAUUAUGAACCCAUUGUCUCAGAUGAUGAUUCUUCUGAAUCCGACGAGGAUAGUUCUUGUUUAACUCAACCAGAAGAGCUAGGAAAGCCAAAAUAUGAUGAACAAGACAGCUCUUUAAUUCAAACUCUGGAUAUCUUUCAUAGCAGCAAGGAAGGAGCAAAUAGUUGUGAUGAUCUGCUUAACAUGUUAGAUUCAUCCUUAAAUUCAAAACAGGGUUUCGUUUCCAAAAAUACUUCAGGGAAUCACAGAGAAAAGCAAAGAUCUCAAAGGUAUUGUUUUGUUGAUGACCCAGGCUUACCUGACAACGACAAGUGUAUUGGUGGGCUACCAGGUAACUCAAAGAAAGAGGAUAGUGCGAACAUGCAAAACUGAAGAUUUCUUGGUGUAAACGUGAUAGGGGUCCUCCUAGAAUUUCAUUAUAGUAAAAUUUAGGAUUCUCAUCACUCAAGACUUACACAAGACAGAAUGAAGUGCUGAUAUAUUAUAUCAAGAAAGGCAGUUUUAGCCGACCAUAGUACUGAUUUUUCAAUUGAGGAUGAUUCAUAUGCUUCCAAGUUGCUACCUGGAAAUUCAUUCUGAUCAUGGCUGGAGGAACAUCUGAGUAUGGUAAUUUACGUGCCAUUUUGGCAUGUUACCAUAGAAUGCCCAAUAAUUUUUGAAGGCCUGUAUCCUCCUUUUAGCUCCGCCUCUAGUUACUGGCUGUUAUUAUAGCUUAUAUUUCGCUAGGUAACAAUAGGUCAGAAAUAAUAUUAUUUAAAAGUUUUUUAUUCUUAUUAUUUUUUGGUAUGAAGAACUAAUUUUUUUUUUGUAAGAUAUGAAGAACUGUUAUUAUUAUUUUGAGCAAUGAUAAAUGGACACAAAAAUGCAAACACA